GCCUCCUCCCGCGGGCUCCAGCGAGCCGCGGUGCUCAAAGCUGCACCCGGAGCUUAGCGGAGCGCGCCCCACCGUCGCGGCAGCCUUCUCACCUCCCUUCAGUCAUGGAGCUUCUUAGUGGGCCUCAUGCGUUCCUGCUCCUCCUGCUCCUCCUGCUCCAGGUUUGCUGGCUACGCAGCGUGGUCUCCGAGCCCUACCGAGCGGGCUUCAUCCGGGAGGCUGGAGUGACCUUGGAGGUGGAAGGAACUGACCUGGAGCCGAGCCAAGCGCUGGGGAAAGUAGCCUUGGCUGGACAGGAGAUGCACCAUGCAGACAAUGGAGAAAUCGUUAUGCUGAAUAGGGGGACAGUUCAGGGAGGGAAGGAUGCGAUGCACUCCCCACCCACCCGCAUCUUAAGGAGACGAAAAAGAGAGUGGGUGAUGCCACCAAUAUUCGUCCCUGAGAAUGGCAAGGGUCCCUUCCCUCAGAGGCUGAAUCAGCUCAAAUCUAAUAAAGACAGAGGCACCAAGAUUUUCUACAGCAUCACAGGGCCUGGCGCAGACAGUCCCCCCGAGGGAGUCUUCACCAUAGAGAAGGAGUCGGGCUGGCUGCUGUUGCAUAUGCCACUGGACAGGGAGAAGAUUGUCAAGUAUGAGCUUUAUGGCCAUGCUGUAUCCGAGAAUGGUGCCUCUGUAGAGGAGCCCAUGAACAUAUCCAUCAUUGUGACCGACCAGAAUGACAACAAGCCCAAGUUCACUCAAGACACCUUCAGAGGGAGUGUUCUGGAGGGGGUAAUGCCUGGCACUUCUGUGAUGCAGGUGACAGCCACAGAUGAGGACGAUGCCAUCAACACUUACAAUGGGGUGGUGGCUUACUCCAUCCAUAGCCAGGAGCCGAAGGAGCCACACGACCUCAUGUUCACCAUCCAUAAAAGCACGGGAACCAUUAGCGUCAUUUCCAGUGGCCUGGACCGAGAGAAAGUCCCUGAGUACAGACUGACUGUCCAGGCCACAGACAUGGAUGGAGAGGGCUCUACCACGACGGCAGAGGCCAUUGUGCAAAUCCUUGAUGCCAACGAUAACGCUCCGGAGUUUGAGCCGCAGAAGUAUGAGGCUUGGGUGCCUGAGAACGAAGUGGGCCAUGAGGUACAGAGGCUGACAGUGACUGAUCUCGAUGUCCCCAACUCGCCAGCGUGGCGUGCCACCUACCACAUCGUGGGAGGUGACGAUGGGGACCAUUUCACCAUUGCCACUCACCCAGAGACCAACCAAGGCGUCCUGACAACCAAGAAGGGUUUGGAUUUUGAGGCUCAGGACCAGCACACCCUGUACAUAGAAGUGACCAACGAGGCUCCCUUUGCAGUGAAGCUCCCAACAGCCACUGCCACCGUGGUGGUCCACGUGAAAGAUGUCAACGAAGCCCCUGUGUUUGUUCCACCUUCCAAGGUCAUUGAGGCCCAGGAAGGCAUCUCUAUUGGGGAACUGGUCUGCGUCUAUACCGCACAGGACCCAGACAAGGAGGACCAGAAGAUCAGCUACACCAUCUCGAGAGAUCCAGCCAACUGGCUUGCUGUGGACCCAGACAGUGGUCAGAUAACUGCCGCAGGCAUCUUGGAUCGUGAAGAUGAGCAGUUUGUGAGAAACAAUGUCUACGAAGUCAUGGUUUUGGCCACAGACAGUGGAAACCCUCCCACCACCGGCACUGGGACCCUCCUGCUAACACUUACUGACAUCAACGACCAUGGGCCGAUCCCUGAACCCAGGCAGAUCAUCAUCUGUAACCAAAGCCCUGUGCCUCAAGUGCUGAACAUCACUGACAAGGACCUGUCCCCCAACUCCUCCCCUUUCCAGGCCCAGCUAACACAUGACUCAGAUAUCUACUGGAUGGCAGAAGUCAGCGAGAAAGGAGACACCGUGGCCUUGUCCCUGAAGAAGUUCCUGAAACAAGACACGUAUGACUUGCAUCUUUCUUUGUCUGACCAUGGCAACAGGGAACAGCUAACCAUGAUCAGGGCCACUGUGUGUGACUGCCAUGGCCAAGUGUUCAAUGACUGCCCCAGACCCUGGAAGGGUGGUCUCAUCCUCCCCCUCCUGGGUGCUGUCCUGGCACUGCUGACCCUUCUACUGGCACUCCUCUUGUUGGUGAGGAAGAAGAGGAAGGUCAAAGAGCCCCUUCUGCUCCCAGAGGAUGACACGCGUGACAAUGUCUUCUAUUAUGGAGAAGAGGGUGGUGGUGAAGAGGACCAGGACUAUGACAUCACCCAACUCCACCGGGGACUGGAGGCCAGGCCUGAGGUGGUUCUCCGAAACGACGUAGUGCCAACCUUCAUCCCCACCCCCAUGUACCGACCCCGGCCCGCCAACCCAGAUGAAAUUGGGAACUUCAUCAUUGAGAACCUGAAGGCUGCCAACACUGAUCCUACUGCCCCGCCCUACGACUCCCUGCUGGUGUUUGACUACGAGGGCAGCGGCUCUGACGCCGCCUCCCUGAGCUCCCUCACCACCUCCGCCUCCGACCAGGAUCAGGACUACAACUACCUUAACGAGUGGGGAAGUCGAUUCAAGAAACUGGCGGACAUGUAUGGUGGCGGUGAGGAUGACUAGGCUGUCCCUGCCAAGCUGUCCAGGCAAGAACUACAGACGGGUCACAGCAGCAUCUCAAGGGAGCCUGGCUGCCGCUCCAGCCAGGACUCUGAAGUUCGCCCGGAAGUGGCCUGCGUGGCACGCUGCAUCUGACCAGAAGGCUGGACUGUGAGCCUUUCCGAUGGAAGGACGUCAACAUUGAUCCCCACCUCAGCCAUGGCUGAGCCCCUCUCAGAGUGGAAUGUCUAAAGGUCUCCCGCCUGCCACACAGCACUCAGCUCUGCCCUCUCAGGGCUUGAACUUGCUCCGAUGCCCUCGGUGACUUUCCCCACUUGGAAUGGCUCCCUCUCUUUAGAAAGAGGCCCCUAACUAAGUCCCUGUUUUUCUUUAAUGCAGUUUUCAAAAAGAGGCUGGGGUGGGUGGGGCAGGGUGCGGACAUCAGUGUCCCCUCAGGCCCUCCAGAAGAGAAGCCUACAGGGCGCUGGCCCUGGUACAUUUCUCUGACAUUUCUUGAGGCCUCACAUUGGGGAGGGGUCACUGCCUUUUUUUUUUUUUUUUUUAAAUACUGAGUAUAUCUAAGUUGUCUCGUAUUUUUUUAUUUUCCCUGUUAUGUGCUGUAGAUGGAGAGUGAUGACAAUCGUGUAAAUGUACUAGAAUUUUUUUAUUAAAAUGAACUUUUUUUGCCAGAGGUGCUAGGGGAGUGGAUUUAAAAAGACUUAACCUAGUUCUCGGAAGUGUUUGGCUUGGUGGGU